AGCCUGAACGCGACUUGUUUGUUUCUUUCUUCCUCCUCCUCCUCGCAGCAUGAGAAAAAGAAACUUAUCUGAUACAGACACAAUUCGUGAGGCUUAUGUGUUCUAGCCAUAGACAGUAAAUAUUUUCAUUAUACCGUCUAUGCUUCUAAUAUGUGGAAGAUAUUCAGCAGUUUUUUUGGAGGUAAUAAGGAUCAACCGUCAGAAGUCAGUGUGCCUGGAGAUAAAUACCAUGGCUUACAGAACCAAGGAGCUACAUGCUACCUGAACAGUGUCCUGCAGGUGCUUCACAUGACUGAAGACUUCAAAGAAAGAGUCACAAGCCACACCAGAAAUAAUCCAGAGACAGGGUACAUUGACAAAGAGCUGAGUGAUCUGUUUCUUGAGUUAGAAGGAAAAGCUGCUUGUCCUGUUAACAUCACAAACAAGCUGAGGAUCAACAAUGUGAAUGUGCAGCAUGAUGCAGCUGAGCUGUAUGAGAAGAUUUUACGUCUGACAAGUCCAGAGGCAUCCCAGAUCUUCCGUGGAAAAUUGAUUAAUAAGAAUACUUGCCGGAAGUGUCAUGCUCAAAUCGAGACUGAGACAGGAUUCUGGCACCUUCCUCUUCCUCUCGGCAAUGGUGAUGACUACAGUGUGGAAAGGGGCAUUUUGGAUUUUUUCCGUCCUUCAGAGAUCAGUGGAGAUAAUCAGAUGUACUGUGAAACCUGUGAUGAAAAAUGUGAUGCUGUUCUGGAGUGUAAAAUGUUGCAUCCUCCAGAGGUCUUAGUGCUUCUGAUAAAGCGCUUUGAGUUUGACCUCACUCUUGGGAAAUAUUUACAAAGUUUUGUGGAUGUGCCCUUGGUGGUAAACAUUCAGAAUCAGAUCUAUGAGCUACAUGCUUUAGUUGAGCACUUUGGAGAGCCAGGAUCUGGUCGUUAUUUAGCUACAAUCAAGGGCCAUGAUGGAAGAUGGUAUAUGUUUGAGGACUUACAUGUCACAGUGUCUAGGAAUCAGUAUUUCCAGUCAUGUCUAACAGAAAGGUCCCAGACUGCGUAUCUACUGUUUUAUCAAAAACAGAAAGCUACUAAAUACAAUGGCCUACUGAACAUAGGAGCUACAUGUUACCUGAACAGCAUUUUGCAGGUACUGUUUAUGACUGAAGACUUCAGAGAGACUGUCAGAAAACAUGUCAUGAACAAUCCUGGGACAGAGCACAUUGACCGUGAGCUGAGUGACCUGUUUAGUGAAUUAGAAGAACAUUGGACUUACACAUACAACAUCACUAAGAAGCUGAAGAUAAACAAUGUGUUUGAGCAGCGUGAUGCUGCAGAGCAUUAUGAGAAGAUCCUACGUCUGACCAGUCCAGAGGCGUCCCAGAUUUUCCACGGAGAACUGACCAACAGAGUUAAAUGUCACUACUGUAAAGAAGAGACCAAAAGCACAACAGGAUUCUGGCAUGUCCCUCUUUCUCUAUUGGACUCAGACUGCUCUGUGCACAGAAGUCUUCAAGACUUCAUCCAGAGGGAGGUGCAGAUGUACUGCGUGAACUGUGAUGAAACACGUGAUGUUUCUUUACACUGUGAACUGGAGCAUCAUCCUGAGGUCUUGGUUCUGCUGAUGAAGCGCUUUGAGUACGACAGACAGAUGAGAUAUGUCAAAAACACCUGUGUGGUGGAGGUGCCCCACACUCUUCACAUGCCACUGCCCUAUGAGCUCUAUGCCUGUGUGGAGCACUAUGGAGAACUCAGAUUUGGACAUUACAUUGCAAGAAUCAAGUCCAAUGAUAAAAGGGAAUGGUACAUUUUUGACGACCUCUCAGUGAUUCCUAAUAUUUUCCAGGAGCAUCCUACAAUGAGAUCCCAGGAAGCCUAUUUACUAUUUUAUCAAAGACAAAAAGAUUCCUUCCCCGUAGAUGUCAAACCGGAUUCCACGCCAGAAACUCCACAAGACAAAGAUGAGGAACAAAACACUAAUAACAACCAACAGAACAAAGGGAAUGAAGAAAAUUUUUGUUGUGCAAUGGUUAGACCUGAAAUGAAGGAGGACCAUGAGCUCACACCAAAUAUUUUAAAACCAGAAAAAUGGAGGAUCCAGGAAAACACUCAAAAUAAGGAGAGACGAGACGAACAUGAGUUACACUGUGAGAUUUCGGACAGUGAAGAAAUAUGCCAGCCUGAUUUGGACCAGUUGGCUGAUUCCUUUAGCAAAAUGACAUUAACAGACAGGAAGGAUUCAUUAUUACAACAAGUUGACAAUAACAGAGGCAACCAAUCAUUAAUCGUUUGUAAUUGUGAGAUGAGAGAAGAGGAAAUGCGGUCAGAUAAAAAUUUUGAGAGUUUAAUGGAUCAUGGAGGUGAUCUUAUUGAUAGUUCCUUUGAAUCAAGCCCAUGUGAGAUGCCUGCUGACUUGAUGGACUAUAAACUAAAAUUCACAUUACGGCUGAAAGAUCGUGAGAGUCAUGAAAAAACAAUAGAUGGAGAUAGUUUACAGGCAAAAGUCACAACAGAAAGAUCAGAGGAGAAUUGCCAGCCAUAUCAUGUACAUUAUCCAGACAAUGAAGAAGACAAGAGGAGAACAGAAGCCACCAAAAGGUUUAUUAGGAACGAGGAGCAAGAAGGUUUGAGGCCGCCAGUGCCACAAAACAAAGAAAGAUCUGAGCAGAGAAAGCUAAGGCGAGAUAAACUAACUAAAGAAGGCAGUAGGAAGUAUGAUGGAGUUGAAAAAUUGGGUGUGGUCGAAGAAGGUGAUACAGAAACAAUCAGGUUAAAACCAAAGAAAAGACAGGACACUGAUGAGCUGAAGGCAGAACAAGAGCAAAAUGAAAGUGUCUUGAGUGAUAGCAAAACAGGAAGAAUGACACUGGUUUAACUUGUAACACAACACAGACAAUGCAGAAAGCUGUUGUUAAAAGUGUGACAUGAGGUGGUAUAAGGGUAGUCAAAAGUAUCAAACAUCAGAUAAUAAAACUAGAAAAACUUAGAAGAAGAAGAAGACCACAAAGACUAGCAUAUGCCCAUGGAUUACCUGGACAAUGGAUUACACAGUCCACAUAGUAAUAUCAAAAAAGUACUGUAAUUUAAUGUUGAAAAUGGCAUUUUAUUGUCUAAAUAAAGAGUAUUUUUAUCAUCA